AUGGAAAGCCAGUGUUCCCAGACAGUCUCCCAGCCCCCAGAAAUUUCUUGCCAGGGACCAGUCAUUGUCCACUUGCCCGUUGUGCAACCAAAGACACAAAGUUUGCAGCCACAAGGCAGAGAAAACGUGCCGAGUGCGAGUGCUGAGAACUCCCCGGUAAUUGACAAACUCCCAACAAGCCUACCUUAUGCGGAUGUCGCCCGUGGCGCCAUAGCCGAGCCAGGUCCACUGCUCCUCUCUAAGAAACGCGUGUCCCAAGGAUAUCAAUUCGAAGACCCUAUUGCGUACCCCACACUAAGCGAAUCCAGAAUCCGUGCUGCUAGCCAGUCGAAGAGGGCUUUUCGUCGUCGAUCGAAACACUCACAGGCGCCCUUACCUCCAGGGCCAGAAGGUCAACCGGCAAGAUGCAGCCCUAAACCUCCUCAGCUCGAAACAGAAGCGCUUACUAGUCCCCGGACAUCAUUAGAACCUGCGGCCGAAAGCCAAUUGAAGGAACACAUACACGACAAAACAUCCACCUCACAACAGGCUUCAUCAGCAGCCCAGCUCACAGAGUAUGCAGUGGGAAAGUGUAAUGCCAACAAACAAGGACCUUCUUCGCAAACUCCAACUGGGCCACCUUCUGAAGCAUCAGUUGUUCAAAAGAGUGACAACUCUUUUAUAGCACAGCUUAAAGCCACACUGAACAUUGCUUCAGAGAACCAGCCCGGGUUCACUGAUGUUUUGAAAAGUGCUGAUUUGAAAGAAGAAGAGAACCCAGCCAGCACAAUCAACUCCCCGCCAGACGCCGAGAGUGCUCGGCAGCCAGGUUGCAAAGUUCAGCUUUUCUUCCCUAAGCCUAAAGCAUCAGCAUCUCCUAACUUUACGGUGCCUCUGUCAACAAACAAGCUUCCUCUCGACGUGUCUCGUUCUUCUCCAUCAUCUCCCGUCAGCCGUCGCAAAGUCUACAAGGCCUUCUCCGUUCCGCCAACGCCUCUACAAAAUAUGACCUCUGGCAACGCGGGAAUCUCUAACAGACCGCUAGGACCGAACCACUACAACAGCAAUCAAGCCAGCAACGGCAUCCCAGGAUCAGGGGAGGAGCCCAAAGACGAGAUACAGGGUAUCAUUAUGGGAGGCCCCGCCUUGAGCCCAACACGACUGGGGACAUAUGCCACGCAGCGGAGUGCUGAGCUUGUUGAGCACCGCGGCAUCCCAAGCAUGCAUGGAGUCAUGGGCAUUGCAACUCCAGGAGGCAUGUCAGUCACUGGAAAUUGGGAACAAGAUCGUUUGUCAGGCAACUGGCACCGGCUCUCCGCCCCAUAUUCUCCGUCAAUCUACGAUCCAGUGUCGACUCCGCUCCAUCCAGACUUUGGGCCGAUGUACCAUCCUUCGGAAGUGAGGACAAGUCGGAUUGCCCAUAUGGCGGUGCCAAUCGAGACACUGGACCGACUGUUCAGUCAAAUUGGAGGGCUGUCAAACGAACUUGGUCUAGUGCGGACAGAGCUCCAGGCUCAAACGUUUCAGUUGCAGCAGUUGACAGCGCAUGUCAACCUCCUUCACAGCCAACCACGCGCCAACGGACCACAGGCGUCGGUCCCGACUCCCACCACUGCGUUUCGCACACCACCAUCCGUUGAAGGAUCUAGAUAUAACAAUGCCCAUAACGAUAGUGGAAGUCCCAAUGAAGGCCAUAUACGACAGGCCAGCGAGGCCACGAUCCGUCAGAAUCGUCAGGCCCAUGAUGCACGAGUCGCUAUUCCUCCCGCUCUUUUCUCCAAUGCUUCCUCUGUUGAAAAUACCCCUGUUCCAGCUCCUAUUUCCAAGAGCGCCAGCGGUGAUAUCGUCAACGGCACCACCACUACACGCAGAAACCCCAGUCAUCCUAUUGUCUUCGGCGAGGCGCAUGGAGAUGGUCAUACGGUCCCACAUUCCCCGGUUGUUACCUUUAGACAGAUUCAACGGCAACAGCCUGUGACGCAACCUCACGACUUUGAAACCGGGCCUGUGGCCGCCAAUAAUGGUGCCCAGCACCGUCGAAGUAACUCAAGUCGAAGCCAGCCAACUCAUUACAAUCCCUUGGUCCCCCAAUUCCGCCCAGGAGCAGGUCAUGAUCGUGUGGCGUACGGUAAUUCUCGUCAUGAUGGGCUCGCAGAUAACGGUUCCCAUCAGGGUCCAAGCGGUGGCACUUGGGGUGGCACAAGAAACUGGUACCAUCACGCCUAUGGGAAUGAGACGAACCAGGAUUAA